UGGAGAGUCCAGCCUAUGGGUCGACACGCUGACAGUUUGGCUCCACCUCGGGGGCGGGCUCCAGCGGCCUUGCGUCGGAACUUCUGGUCUUCCUUCAGAACAACAAACAUGAGUAACUGUAAAAAGGCCAGCAUUUUAAUCGUGGGAAGUGGAAUCGUUGGACGGAGCUGGGCCAUGUUGUUUGCAAGCGCAGGUUACAAAGUCGUUCUUUAUGAUACUGUUCAGCAACAGGUCUCUUCCGCAAUUGAAAGUAUAAGACAGCAGCUGACUGAACUUGAGAGGACUGGUAGGCUGAGAGGAACCUUCAAACCUGAGGAGCAAAUGAUGCUGAUCACUGCCUGUAAUGAUCUUGCACAAGCAGUAGAGGGUGCCAGUCACAUCCAGGAAUGUGUUCCUGAGAAUUUGGAACUGAAGAGGAAGGUUUUUCAAGACCUAGAUAAGCUUAUGAAUGACAGCGUGAUUCUCAGCAGUUCUACCUCUUGUCUUUUACCUUCAAAGUUGUUCAGUGGUCUUAAGCAUGUGAAGCAAUGCAUUGUGGCGCAUCCUGUGAGUCCAACAUACUUUGUUCCUCUGGUUGAACUAGUUCCUCAUCCUGAAACACUUGCUGCUGUAAUGGAACAAACCUAUGCACUUAUGAAAGAUAUUGGCCAGUCACCAGUCAAACUGAACAAAGAAAUCGAUGGAUUUGUCUUGAAUCGAAUUCAGUAUGCGAUCAUUGGAGAAUCAUGGAGACUUGUUAAUGAUGGUGUACUGUCACCUGAGGACGUGGACCUUGUAAUGUCAGCAGGUUUGGGAAUGCGUUACGCUUUCAUGGGUCCUUUUGAAACUAUUCACCUCAAUGCAGAAGGUCUCAAGAAUUAUUGUGAACGCUAUGCUGCGGGUAUGAAAAGAGUUUUAUCAUCUUUUGGACCUGUUCCCGAAUUUUCUGGUGAAGCCAUGGAAAAGAUUAACCAGGUAGUGUCUCAGAAAAUUUCACCUGAUCCAGAAAACCUCAGUGCACGAAGACAAUGGAGAGACUCACGUUUAGCUGCUCUCGCACAGUUGAAUAAGAACAUGAAGUCAGAUUGCAAGUAAAACAAGUAGCUGAGAUUGUAUCAACAUUCAUAGCUCAUAUAAGACCUCUUAAUCUAUAUUGCAACAUAAAAUGUGCAGUUGUAUUAAUUUUAAAGUGUUGUUAAUUUUGACUUGUGUCAUCAUUUAGUAUCAUCAUGAAUUGCAUUGUUUGUGAAAAGUCUCUGGAAUAAGGUUUAGCCUUACCUUUAAAAGAAAUCUUCGCUUUAAGAGCUAUAUAUCACAAUAUACAUUUGUCUGUGUUUAAAUUAAAACUAGUUUUAACCUUUUAGAAUUGGAUUUAUUAAUCACUACAAAACUGCAUGCCUUGCACAUUAAAAUACACUACUAAGACAAAAUCCAUUAAGUGUUUUGCUAAAUACAUGAAUUGCUUUUACAAAAUGAAACUGGCAUUAUCUACC